AUGGACGACGACACUCAAAUAAUGAACUUCCUCUCGGAUUUCGAUGUGGAUGCCUUCCAAAAUGCUGAUGACAAAAUCAAAAAUAUCUCUUAUUCAGAUGAGGAGAAUGAUUUUUUGGACCAUGAUUUGCCCUUUCUCGGAGAGGGUGAUGUCUUCACUGUUGGGAAUACUUUUCACCCCGGUGUGCCUGUUGAAGUGAAGUUGAUUUGGACGCACUUCCCAAAAACUUUUUCUCAGGAUCUAUCCAGUUAUGAAUUGAGUCAACAAACACAUCCUUCUGACACCAAAAACUCUCUACCUUCGCGAUGGCUAAUACUGAAGGAUACUUAUCUGGUGGUUCUGAAACCCCAUAAGGCUGACAGCGUUGAGGGGAUUAAGAACUGGAAUAUGGCAAGGGAGGACGGAGAGGAUGAGGAUGGAGAAGAAGGAAGUAGGAAGCGAGGACAGAAAGACGAAAAGGACGGUUUGGGCUCAACCAAUUUGUGGAAGCGUUAUCAUCGAUGGCGUUUCUGCAAGGUCAUUCUGAUGGAUCACUACUUUCAACGCAAAAUCGUUCGCAUCGGAAAAUACGAGCUCCUUCAAAUACGCAACAUGCAUAGUCAACUCACCUUCACUCCAACGAGCUACGACACGGUGGCAGCCUGGGAUGCAAUGGUAAAUCUGGUCCAAUCUUCCCCCGAAGCGUGGGCCUACACCGUCGUCAAUCCAUUCAGAUCUUUUGCGCCCGUUCGCUCCGGCGGUCAAGUUAUUGUUGGCAUCGAUGGUGCCUCAUAUAUGGCAUCAGUGGCGGAUGCGAUGGAAGCAGCUCGUCACGAGAUCUUUAUAACUGACUGGUGGCUCUCUCCUGAAAUCCAUCUUAAGCGACCUUAUUCUGAUGAUUACUGGCGACUGGAUGCCCUGCUUAAGCGGAAGGCCGAACAAGGAGUUCGUAUUUGCGUUCUGAUUUACAAUGAAGUAAGAUUCGUCCUCAGCAUCAACAGUCGCCACUGCAUGAAAACGCUUACUUCCUUGCACACUAACAUUCAUGUAAAUAAGGUUUUCUUCCUGGGUCAAAAAUCUGGGAGGCAGUUCACUUAUGGAUAUCUUUUGAACUUACAGGUAAUUCGACAUCCCAAUCAUAUCCGAGAUCGCACUUGGAAUUGGUCUCAUCACGAAAAAUUGGUCAUUGUGGAUCAAUCAGUGGCCUUCGUAGGUGGAAUUGAUCUCUGUUUUGGGCGCUGGGACCGUCCUGAUCAUCCAAUACUUGAUGCAGCUAUCCGCCGCUCUGAAUUUGAUGUAACGGAUUUGGCAUGCCUGCCGCUGUCUACAGCUUUCCUACCACUCCAACUAACGGCACCUACGUGCCUGAAAGACAGGGUUAGAAGCUUAGCAGACCCGUAUCGUCUCCUUCGAACAGAUACAACAUCGUCCCCCCAACGGUCUAAAUCAUUAAAUGAGCGACCAUUACAACCAAGACUUUUCCCACAGCAGUGUGAGGAUUCCCAAAGGCGAUCUCCGCCAGCUCUGAGCACCGGUGAUAAGGAAUCCAGCUGCUACAGUGCAUGUCUAGGCAAGGAAGAAAAUUCAAAAGAGGAUAGGAGUUUCUCUUCAACUGGAAUGGAAGAUGGACACUGCCUUUUUCCAGGGCUGGACUACAUUAAUUGGAUUUUCAAAGACCCUGGCGAUGUGACGAAACCGGAUGUAGUCUACAUUGACCGAAACGAGGUGCCACGGAUGCCCUGGCACGACGUUGGCGUUGGGUUGUCGGGCAAAAUUGUAAGCGAUUUAGCUCGACACUUCAUUCAGCGGUGGAAUGCUCAUAGACAGACGAUCGUUACGAACAGUGGAUUGAAAAUUCGCAUAUGCGUUUUACAAGGUGAUUUUAUACUUCUGGUCAAGGUACGGAAGACAAAACACAUACGUUCUCUGACUUCCUGCAUACCGCCCAUCCUUCUCCCCACCCUGCCCGCCAAUACGUCUCUGGCCGAGCGCCUUCACGAACUGGGCGGCACCUGCAUCUCUGACAGCGAGACUACAAGGCAGGUGCGGCUGCAGGCUCUACGCUCAGCCGGCCACUGGUCCCUCGUGUCAACGCGUGGAGUCAAAGCUAACGCAGUGACCACAUCUUCUUCUACGUCCUCACACACCGAACACUCCAUCCUUACUGCCUACAUUGAGGCCAUUCGUGAAGCAGAGCACUUCGUUUACAUUGAGAAUCAGUUCUUCAUCAGUUGGGUAGACGCCUCUGAUGGUGCGGAGAAAAAUCGUCUUGUCAAAAACCAAAUCGCGCAAGCCAUCUACGACCGUGUAGUCAGGGCUCAUCGGUAA